AAUUUAACAAGCGAACAGGGGUGGAAAGAGGAAUGAGCAAUAACGCGACGCUUGUUUGUUUCGCCAUCGCUUCGCACACUCUCUCCGCAAUUCGAAAAUAGUCGAAUUUCCGAAUAAACACAGCUCGAAUCCGCGCUGAUCUUGCGAUCAGGACCACUUAAACCACACCACGACGAAAUGGCCAGGCCGAAGGCAAGUGCCAAGGAAAAGGCCAAUCCCAAGCCCCCGCCAGCAACCGCCAAGAGGCGAGGACGUACUACCAAGAAGCAGGAUGGGGAGAAGGAGAACGAGGAGCAGGCGCCCGCACCCAGCAGCCAAGCUGAACCAUCCAGAAUCUCAAUUGCGGCAGAGACCAUGUAUACGAUAAUGCGGCACGCCGAGCGGAAGGCGUCACUCCACAAAAACUACGUAAAGGAGAUGCAGCAACUGUACACCAAGAUGGGCCACCAAGCGUUCCAAAAGAUGUUCAUUGACGUGCUGAAGGCGGUCCUGGAGGCGGAGGAGGGCAACGAGAAUGCCACCAUGGCACUCAAUUUUUGCGCCACCCUGGUGACCAGCUUCGAAUCAGAGCGCACGCACCCAGUGCUUGCCGCGACCAUCCACUGGCUACUCACGACAUAUUCCAGCAAUCCACACAUCCGGUAUCGCAUCUGCUACUUCGUGAAUCUCAUCCUCAAGGAGCUGGGACCCAAUGCCGCCCUGGACGACACCCAGUGUGACGAAAUCCUAGAGGCGAUGCUGGAGCGCGUCAAGGAUGUGGCGCCCAGUGUGCGCAAGCAGGCCGUGCUGGCCAUGCAGCGUCUGCAGAUGCCAGACAAUCCCAAAGAUCCCGUUGUGGUGGCCUACCAGUUCCACCUCUCCGCCGAUCCGUCGCCCAGCGUACGUCAGUGCAUCAUAACGUGCAUGGGCCGCAACUACAUUACCGUGCCGUACAUCCUCCAGCGCCUGUGGGACGUUGACGAAAAGGUGCGCCGGCACACGUACGUCAACAUGUGCAACUACCCGGUCCGCUCCUACAAGGUGGCCCAGCGCCUGACCCUGCUUGAGCAGGGACUCAACGACAGCUCGGCCACCGUGCGCAAGACCGUGAUCAACUACAUGCUGAAGGCCUGGAUCGAGUCGUACCAGCAAAACUACAUCUCCCUCACGGCUGCCCUCAAGCUGGACUCCAACGAGGAGGAGUUGCUGCGCUUCCGGCGAGUCGCCAAGCAGAUGCUACGGGUGAUCUUCGAGAAAACGGACGUCGAUCAGCUGACAGCGCUGCUGCCCCUGAGCGACGACUGUGAGCUGCACCGCUGUAUACCCCACGACCUGCUGACCGUGGAGCUGCUGCUCUACUGGCAGUGCCUCAGCGAGUUUCUGGAGACGCAGGCGGACGAGACGGACCCGGUGUUGCCCGAGCUAAGUGUCUUCUGCAGCUAUGUGGAGAAAUUUUGCCUGUUCCAGAAGCCCGACAUGGACAAGUUCGCCCAGAUCGAGUUCCAAAACAUGCUGCUGUCGCUGGUGGAGAUGCUGCAGUCGUACGACCUGGGCGACGAGAUCGGGCGUGGCAAUAUGAGGGUGCUGAUCACCUGCUUGCUGAAGGACUGCCUGCUGGACCACAAGAUUGUGUGCGUCCUGGUGCGGAGCACGGAGCAGCUGAUCACCGACCUCAACGACCGGAUGCAGUACUUCAUCGACAUCAUCUACGAGCUGUGCGAGCUGAACACCAAGCAGAACGAGCUGAUUCACGACCGCAGCCUGAUUAAUAAGUUGCUGGACGACUUGGACACGCCGCUGAAGAUGAAGAUCUCGGCGCUGAAGGUCAAGAUCCUGGAGCUGGAGGAGCAGGAGGACAACUUUGUGCGCCAAAAGGAGUACAUACGCGCGCAGGCGGUGACAGAAGAGAAGACCGCCGUCACCGCGGAGUACACGGAGCUGAUACGGCCGCUGCUCGAGCGGAGCGGCGUGCUUGAGAUGCCCGCCCGGCCCAAGCUCUCCAAGCAGGAGCGCAUACUGAAGGCAUUGUUCAUCUCGUACUACAUGGUGGCAUCGCCGAACGUGCACAAGCUAACGCCUGCCAUCUGCCAGCUGUACAAGGACUUCAUCUGCCGCCACCUGGCCUCCACCGAGGUGGACAUCUUCGAGUGGGCCAUCAAAUGCGGCACCACCUACUGCUUGUUCUACGAGACGUACUGCAAGGAGAUGUUCGAGGUGGUGGUGGAGCAGGUCUGCAACAACAACAUUUCGCGCCUGUGCGAGACGGCGGCCAGCUGCCUGAUGGAGCUGCUGGACCACUACGGCCUGGACUACUUUAACGAGCUUAACCAAACAGGAGCCGGCGGCGGUGGCGGCCAGUUAAACAAGAGCAAGCGGCGCCAGCUCUACACGAUGCAGGACCUCUAUGACUGCGACGACGAUGGCACCCAAUCGCAGAACAGUGACCAAAACUCCGACAUCCUCAUGGUGUUGAGUCACUUUGUGGAUCGAGUGCAAAGCAAGGGCGUCCGCCUGGCCAUAGUGCGCGGACUGUGCCGUCUGGUGCUCCGCGGACACGUGGACGACCGCACGGACGUCAUGGAAACAUUGCUGAGACGCUACUUCAACCCAAACACCGAGGCCAUCGUCAGCCAAGUGCUGGGCAUGUUCUUCGAGCAGCUGCUGCACUACAAGAAGCAGGCCCUGCUGCAGCCAUGCCUCCUGCCCUGCGUGUGGACCAUAAUGAACUGCAACUUUGACUCGCCGCUCUGCACAGUUCAGCCAGAUCACCUGACCAAGUUCUUUAUCGAAAUGACGAUGCAGGAGGGCACCUCUCCGCAGACGAAUAUCCACAACAAGAUCGCGCUGAGCUUCCUUCAGUACAUACAGAACUACUUCACAGAGCGGCGGGAUAUGUGCCGCCUCUUGGCCAAGGAGCUCACCUCCCUAACAGUGAACGUAUCCAACGGGCCGGCAAUUAAGGCUGAAAUGCUCGAGCUGGCGGACAAACUGAUAGCUAGCGACCUGGAUCCCCGCCUGACCAAGAAUAUUGAAAACUUCAAGCUUAUGGUCAACGGCAGCUUUGAACCGCCACCCCGCCGGAACCCGGAGGAGGGUGACAGCGACGAGGAGUGCGAAACAGCCACAGUGGCAUCGGUUAAUGUAGUGCCAGAAGAGACAGCUGCAGGGCCCGCUCCCGAAGAAUCCGCCACAGAGCCAUCUAUGGCGGCUGUUACGGAUGCGUCACAAGGUGAGGCAACCGCAGCUGCAGCAGAAGCCUCUCCGGCCUUGGCGCCAGCGCCAGAGCCCAUUGUAACUACUUUUGGGGAAGCCAAUAUAAUCGGAAUCCGUCACCUGCGGCGCUCCCUGGCUAUAAGUCGUUCGGAGGCGGAUAGCCUGCUUGGCUUGGAUGCCGAAGCCGAUGCUGACUCCGAGCCCGACAACGUAUCGGAACCAGAGCCUGAAGGAGCUGCUGCAACCGAGGCGGCCGAGACAUCAAAGAGGAAUCUACGCCGGCCGCAGAUGAAGCGACGUCUCGAGCAAGCACUAGCCAGGUCAUCCAAGACGCCGGAGAAGAAGCCGCCGAGCUACGAGGAACCAUCGUCGUCGUCGGAAAGCGAAGUCGCCGCGAGUCCAGCCAGAGUAGAUCGGUCAAACGAUUCCGAGGUGAUUGAAGCUUCGCCCACCGCAGUCUCGCCGCCGAGUGACAGCCGGACUCUGCCCAAUGCCAGUCAUGUUCGCCUGCGUUCGCUGCGCAGCCGAAAAGGCGGCGUGGCAGCCGCCCAGCCCGCUCCCAGCUCCGCCAGCAAACGGAAGGUACUGGCCCUGGAAACGCCUCUCCGAAACGGACGGAAAAGAGUGCUCAGGCGAACGCCGUCCGAUCCGCAUUCCCGUUCCCUGCGGUCCAAUGACUCGGCCGCCCCCUCGCCUCGCAACUCGCCGCUGCGAAAGCAGCAGCGCCUGGACGCCACUCAGAAGAAUGCCAACAGUCCCACGGAGAGCACAUCGUCAGUUAAGGAGAACAGAGUGCCGCCCAUGAUAGUUGCAGACUCAAAGUCCACAUCCGAGGCUGAAUCCGAGUCGGAACCAGAACCCGAAUCCGAGCCAAGGCCAUCGACGUCCAGACAGCCAGCCAUCGCCAAGACGCUUCGAUCAUCGCGAACCCGGCUCGCCAGCACGAGCACUCCAAAGAUAACGACUCGGAACUCCGCACGCGCCCAGCGGCUAAGCACCCAAGUCAUGACCCGAAAGCGGAUGUCGCUCGAGAUGAACCUCAGUGCCGGCCAGCUGCAGUCCACGCCCAAGCGAGUGACGCGGGCGGCGCCCACCUCCAUGAGCGAACACAAGACACGUAGUAGUAGUAGACGACGGAAAUAGCCCUCAGCAAUCAGCGUUAUGUUAUGUCCACUCUUGUUGUGUGUUCCAAGUUCGUUCGACUUUACGAGUUACAGUUUAGAGUUAAUAACUUUCCGUGAGUUUCAUUGUGUACAAUAUGUGUAAAUUAUAUCUAGUUUGAAAUUUCAAUAUAUCGUUGAGUAAUUUAAUCAAUGUUUAAGUCGCUGCGUAAAAUUAUAGACUAAAUAAACAUAUAAAAGCCAAA